UCGCCUAGUGACAAACAACAUCAAGAAUAUUUAAACAACUAAACAAGAGAUCAUUAGAGAUGUCUGGUCGCGGUAAAGGAAAAGCUAAAUCGAAAGCCAAGUCCCGCUCGAGUCGAGCGGGGUUGCAAUUUCCAGUUGGUCGUAUCCAUCGUUUGCUACGAAAGGGAAAUUAUGCUCAGCGUGUUGGUGCUGGUGCUCCGGUGUAUUUGGCAGCGGUUCUUGAAUAUCUUUCGGCUGAAAUCCUUGAGUUAGCCGGGAAUGCUGCUCGGGACAACAAGAAGUCCCGGAUCAUUCCUCGGCACCUGCAACUGGCAGUUAGAAACGAUGAAGAACUGAACAAAUUGCUCUCUGGUGUGACAAUCGCACAAGGUGGUGUCCUACCCAACAUCCAAGCUGUUCUGUUGCCCAAGAAGUCCGGUAGCGCAGCUCCAACCACCAAAAAAGUGAACUCACAGAGUCAAGAAUAUUAAAAAUUGUUUUAAUAGCAACCAAAAAAAAACAACGGCUCUUUUAAGAGCCAACAAUUCUCUAAAAGAAUACGAAACGAGAUUCUCGUUAAAUGAGUUGCCUAAGAUGGUGAUCACUGAUUACGGGCGAGCAUAUUGACCAAGUGCACUUAAUGUUUUAUGUGACUUGACGAUUUUGAAAUAUUGUGCUAAGAAGCGAAAUUUGUGAUUUCAAUUUGAGCUGACAAUGGCCAGGCUAGAGAAAGGGGGGAUGUUGAAGGUGCCAUGCUUCAGUUGUAAAUUUCUAUCCACAUUUGUAAAGUGUAAAUAUUUGUAAAAAAAAGUUGAUUUGUGGGUACUA